UUAUAUACAAAGUUCAGGGAGGUUAGUGCAAAAUCUUUAAACCAUUCUCCCUCAAAACACAAAAACCCUUGUAGCUUCUUCAUGUAAAAUCCAUUUUCAUCUACAAAAAUUCACAAGAAAACCUAACAAUUUCCCUUUUGUGUAUAUGAAAGAUUCAAACUUUCUCUAAAACCCAUUUCCAAAAAUGAAUUUCCUAACAAAAUCACUAACAAACAGGGCCUUAAAACCCCAAAAAUGCCACCUUUUACUCCAAACCCUCACUUCAAGAUUUGCCUCAACAAAAUCAAGAAAACCCAAAAUCCCAAAACCCAUUGAACCCUCUUUGUCUUACCCUCUUACCAAUCCAAAAAUUGAACUUUAUGAAGCAGAAAAUGGAGAAAAUGUAGAAAAAGUAGGGAAAGUGUCUACUUGGCCAAGGCCAAGUGAGAUACCAUACCAAGCAAAAGUAGGUAACUGUGUUAAUCUUGUUGGUUUUGUGCAAUGUCCAGUGCAAUUUGAAACUUCAGUUGAUUGGAAAUAUUGUGCUAGUACUGUUAUUGCUCAUGAGUGUAGUAGUAGUGAUGGUGAUGAUAAUAAGUCUGUUUUGAUGGUACCUGUUGUGUUUAGUGGUGAUUUAUCUCAUGUUGUUGCUUGUCAUGUUAAGGAAAAUGAUUGUGUUUAUGUGUCUGGGAAGUUGAGUGUUGAUCCAUUGCCUGUUGGAUUUAUGGAUGAGAGUUUUCAAUCUUGUUUUCAUAUUGUUGCUGAAAAUGUUAACUUUGUGGAAGGUUUGAAAAGGAGAGUUUGCGUAAAGGGUAGUGUGAAGUCGGUUUAUCCGAAAGGGAAGAACUUUGUGUUGGAUGAGAAUGAGAGGCAAAAUGAUGGUGAAGUUAAUUUGGGUGAGGGGAAGUCGGAGGACGGGGGUGUUAUGGGAGGUGAUGAUUGGAGGGAUCUUGUUAAGAAUCCGAAACAAUGGUGGGAUUGUCGUAAGGCGAAGGUAGAUGGAGUUGUGAAAGCAAGGCAUCCUGAUUUCAAGAAGAAGGGUAGUAGUGUUUCUCUAUGGCUUGAGAAUGCUCCAAGUUGGGUUCUUGAGGGAAUUGAAGGACUUGGAUUCGAUGUUUAUGCUCCUAAAUCGAAAGGGGUUGGGAAGGAGGUGGAUUCUUGGAAAGAUUUGCUGGAGAAUCCCGAUAACUGGUGGGACAACAGAGCUAGAAAGAUGAAUCAGAAAGCACCUGAUUUUAAGCACAAGAAUACUGGUAUAGGGCUUUGGGUCGAUAGCUCGCCAGAUUGGGUGUUUUCUCAGUUGCCACCAUUGCGGGAACAAGGCGCUGCUUCUUCAGACAAGUAGGGACACUCAAGUAGGAGUUAAACGGAGGUUAAGUGAUAUAAGAUGAACCAGAGCUAUUCCCAACUCCAUUUUAGGAAGAUUUUCGAUAUACUUUUGAUGUUUAGUAAACUUUGUCCAGUGUAGUCAAGUUCCGGCUUCCUGAAGUUUGAGAAGUAUUACGGUGGAGGGAAGCACAUUAUCGUUAUCUUUAUGAAGCACUUAUUUUCCCCUAUAAUGGUACAUCUUAUAGCACUUUCUUAUGAUAGUUUUGUUUGCUGAUGCAUCUUUUUGUUGUGAUUUUGGUGAAUAUGAAGAUCUUGAUUGUAGUACUUUUGGAUAUAGCAGUGCUGUUUGCUCA